CUUGAAAGCUAUUAAGCUAAACUAAUACUUAAUUUACUAAUUUACUUGGCAAAUAUUCAGAUCCGUUUUUCUGAUCCCACAUUACCGCAUAAAAGUGUUUUCCGUUUGGUGAAUACAGAACCCGAAACCGAGACAGAGUGAUAGAACAGAGAAAGAAAAAAUAACUACUUCAACCAAAUUAGACACUGCACCAGAAAUGGAGGCUCCACCAGGUGGAUCCGGAUCCGGAUCCGGACCCGAGCGAGAUAAAUCCACCGCUCCCUCCUCUUCUCCGAUCUCCGUCGUCUCCGCCUUCUGGAAAGAUUUUGAGUUGGAGAAGGAGAAAUCUAUAUUGGAUGAGCAAGGGCUUCGAAUUGCAGAGAACCAGGAAAACAGUCAGAGAAAUCGGCGCAAGCUUGCAGAGAACACUAGAGACUUCAAAAAGGCUUCGCCUGAGGAUAAGUUAAGUUUGUUCAAUUCCUUGCUUAAGGGCUAUCAAGAAGAGGUCGAUAAUCUUACUAAGAGAGCAAAGUUUGGAGAAAAUGCUUUUCUCAACAUCUAUCAAAAGCUCUAUGAAGCUCCGGAUCCUUAUCCAGCUCUUGUGUCGAUUGCUGAGCAAGAUCUCAAGAUAUCUGAGCUUGAAUCUGAAAACCGGAAAAUGAAAGUUGAGCUUGAGGAGUUCAGGACAGAGGCAACUCACUUGAAGAAUCAGCAGGCUACAAUACGAAGACUUGAAGAGAGAAACAGGCAAUUAGAGCAACAGAUGGAAGAGAAAGUGAAAGAAAUUGUGGAGAUUAAGCAACGCAGUCUGGCAGAAGAGAAUCAGAAAACAAUGGAAGUUUUGAAAGAAAGGGAACAGGCACUGCAAGAUCAGUUGCAGCAUGCCAAAGACAGUGUUUCUACUAUGCAGAAAUUGCAUGAACUCGCACAAAACCAGUUGUUUGAACUCUGCGCCCAAUCUGAGGAAGAGAGGGCAUCUAAGCAAUCAGAGGUCAAUCUUCUGAUGGAUGAAGUGGAACGUGCACAAUCAAUGCUUCUUAGUUUAGAAAGAGAGAAGGGGGUUCUCCGAAAUCAGUUGCAAACGGCAAAUGAAGAGACUGAAACUAAGAAUAGUGAUAAUUUUGACUCAAAUAGCGCGCUGGAGAAUUCUUUAAAUGCCAAAGAAAAACAAAUCUCUGAUUUGAACAUGGAACUACACAAUAUUGAAACAGCCUUAUCAAAUGAAAGAGAUCAACACAUUAAUGAAGUCAAGAAACUUACGGCCAUGCUCAAUGAAAAGGAGGCUGCCCUUGAGGAGAUGAAGAAAGAACUUAAAGCAAGGCCAACAGAAAAGAUGGUUGAUGAUCUGCGCAAGAAAGUGAAAAUUUUGCAGGCAGUGGGUUAUAAUUCAAUCGAGGCCGAAGACUGGGAAGUGGCUACAAGUGGAGAAGAGAUGAGCAAGAUGGAGUCUCUUCUUCUUGAUAAGAACCGUAAAAUGGAACAUGAACUAACACAGUUGAAGGUCACACUUUCUGAGAAAACGUCCAUACUGGAAACAGCUGAACAGAAGAUAGCAGAACUUACAGCAAAGUCUAAUGAACAACAGAAAUUGAUACAGAAGUUGGAAGAUGAUAUAUUGAAGGGAUAUAGUUCCAAUUCAAAAGACCGUAAAGGGAACUUCCUUGAUGAUUGGGAUCUUUCAGAAGCUGGUGGGGGUGAGGUUUCUGAGAAUACUGACCAAAGGCAAGUAUCCUUAGACCAAGAUCAGAGCUCAAUGCUUAAAGUGAUUUGCAAUCAAAGAGAUCGAUUUAGGACCCGCUUGCGAGAGACAGAAGAGGAAAUAAGGCAGUUGAAGGAGAAGAUUGGGGUAUUAACAGUGGAACUGGAAAAGAGCAAAGCUGAUAAUGUCAAACUAUACGGGAAGAUUCGUUAUGUACAAGACUAUAAUCAUGAGAAAGUGGUUUCUAGGGGUUCUAAAAAGUAUGCUGAAGAUCUUGAAAGUGGUUUCGCGUCAGAUGUGGAAUCUAAAUACAAGAAGAUAUAUGAGGAUGAUAUAAAUCCUUUUGCUGCAUUCUCAAAAAAGGAAAGGGAUCAAAGAUACAAGGAGUUAGGAUUCAGGGACAGAAUUACACUCAGCAGUGGACGUUUUCUCCUUGGGAACAAGUAUGCCCGAACUUUCGCAUUCUUUUAUACCAUUGGAUUGCAUAUCUUGGUCUUCACCUGUCUCUACCGAAUGUCUGCUCUCAGUUAUCUUAGCAAUGGCCCAGAGGAAUUCCUUGUCGGAGAGAAAAACGUUGAUCUUCCGCGUGGACCAUAGUGGAUAUGCAACUCAGUUUUCAGCGAUUGAUUUCUCAAAUUGAACAGUACAUGUGGUCGAAAUGAAACCUCUUUUCAGUGGUCAUUUUCAACUCAAUUUUCAGUGGUCGAUUUCUCAAAUUGAACGGUGCACAUGGUCGGUGUGCAACCUCUUUUCAGUGGUCUUUUUUUACAGACAGAACGAUAACAUAUUGUCAAUAUUCAAAUAUCAAAUGUAUUGUACAUAUGACUGUUGUUUUACUCUAACAAUGUUGCAAUGAAAUAUAGAGGCAUUUUUUUUUUCUUGAA